AUGAUCGUAUGGGAUGAGGCUCCAGUGGCUAACAAAUGGUGUUUUGAAACUCUUGACAAGUCAUUGAAAGAUAUAAUGGGUACAACCGAGAAACCAUGUGAACAUAUUUUUGGAGGGAAGGUUCUUGUCUUUGGUGGUGAUUUUAGACCAAUUCUACCUAUUGUACCAAGAGAAACUAGGUUUGAUAUAGUGCAUUCAACAAUAAAUGCCUCAUAUAUUUGGGAACAUGGCAAGGUUCUAACGCUUACCAAAAAUAUGCGCUUGGUAUUUGGGUCAAAUUCAAACAAUGCUGAAGAGAUUGAUAGUCGCUCUAAAUGGAUUUUACAAGUUGGAGAAGGUAAGGUCUCAGAACCAAAUGAUGAAUUUGCUGAAAUUACUAUUCCACCAGAGUUUCUUUUAAUAGAUUUCGUCGAUCCAAUUGAGAUUAUUGAUACAAGUACUUAUCCAAACCUUGUUGAAAAUCUCACAAACCCUGAUUUUCUCCAAAGUAGAUCUAUUUUAGCUAAUACUAUAGAGAUCGUGGACGAAAUCAAUGAUUACAUUACUAAUCUUCUUCUAGGUUACGAUUACUCUUUCAUCUUCUCAAUCUUAAUUGUUAAUAACUUCAUUUAUUAUUACGUUUUCCUGAAAAACAUGUUAUGUUCUUAUAAGGUGAUGAAGUAUUUGAGUAGUGAUUCUAUUGAUAGAUCCGAAGCUAAUGACAAUGAGGUUUUUGAGCGACUCGAGAAUUCUUAA